ACGAGCCCUAUCUCAAUCUAACCCAAAAACCUAAAUUUACCCUGUCCUCGCAGAUACUGAAGCGGGCCAGAGAGAGAAGUGUAACCUGUGAGAAACUUUCCUAAAAUUAGCAACAGAAAGUAUAGAGAUGGAAACAGGCAAGAUAACUGUGGAGAAAGUAAGAGGGAGAUCAACAGUCACAAGUUGCUUCUCUAAAUAUCCUCUCAAAUUCAUGAUUCCCGCAAAGGUGGGUCCUUCCAAAAUUGAUGCUGUUUGGAUUUACACGCUCACCUAUGGCGGUGGCAUUGUCUAUGGGGACUCCAUGUCAUGUGAAUUUAUCAUUGGAGAUGGAUGCACUGCUGUCCUAACAACCCAAGCUUCUACCAAGGUGUACAAGUCUUUGGGGUCCAAAUGUUCCGAACAGUUUGUUGAGGCUAAAAUUGGCAGUGAUUCCCUUUUGGCUGUCAUUCCAGAUCCAGUGACCUGUUUUUCAACUGCAAGAUACUCUCAGAAACAAGUCUUUAGAGUUCUUUCCAACUCAAGUUUGGUAAUUGUUGAUUGGAUUACCAGUGGACGUCAUGAAAGGGGAGAAAAAUGGGAUUUUGAUCUUUAUAAGAGCACCAACAACAUAUUCUUGGAUGAAGAUCAGCCCUUGUUUCUUGAUACUGUAUUACUAGAGCAAGAAAGCAUCGCUACAAUAACAGAACGCAUGCGAGACUACCAAGUUAUUGCAAUGGUUAUACUCUUGGGGCCAAAGCUGAAGCACAUCCAAAGUCAAGUUCAAGAAAAUGUCAAAAGGAUGAUGUCUGAACAAUUGCACAUGCCUUUUGCUGGCUUAAGUGGCCAUGUAAAAUCAAAUUCUAGUAAUUGCUUUGUCAAACCACCGUUUGUUGCGUCCUGCAGUGUAUUUGGUCCUAAGGGAAUAGGCGUUGUUGUUAGAAUAGCUGCCAUGACAACUGAAUCAGUAUACAAGUUCUUACAGCAUCAACUGGCUGGGGUAGAGCCUUUAAUUGGGGUUAUACCAUAUCGUUAAAAGUGCUUGUUGGUCUAAGGAUGGCAAUGGGGUGGGUUGAGGCUGUGUAUCGCCUAUCCAUCCCCUCUCGCGGAAGAUCACGGUCGGGACUGGGUAGUCUUCCAUGGAGAAUUUUUUUUUUAUUUCAAUAUUAUAAUCACCAAAAUUAUAAAUUUAUCUAUUAAAAAAAAAGGUGAAUUAUAAGUUACGAAUACAAGUUUCGAACAAUUAUAAUAAUAUGCAUAUUUUUCUUUAUUAAAAUUAGAAUAUUUAAUUAUUUUUUAAAGAUAUUAUUGUUCGGAGCUGAUUGCGGAGGCCGUCUCCCAUUCCCACUCCUAAAUAUCAGAUUCAGGGAGAAAUGGUCAGUACGGGAUAAGAUGAGGUUUUCCUUUUGUCACAGAAGUUCUGGCGAUGAACACCGUUUUAUGCCCAAUUGUUAUUGUUUACUUCAAAGAGCUUGUUUGAUAUUUGAUUUUGACUUCUAUAAA